AUGUUAUUCUUCGUAUCUACAUCUUUAUUCUCCUGCGUCUAUGUCUACAACUUCGGCAGAGCUAUGGAGGAUGCUGUUACUCACAGCGUAUAUCGUUAUGGUCCAGUAUUCUCAAGAAUCGUCUGGGUAGCUGAUCCGGGCCUAUUCACCAUCAUAGCGAGCCAUGUUAGUAUGUCCCAUAUUGGUGCCUUACCUUUACUAUGCAUUGACGUUAUUGUCACUAUUGGUGUUAUCGCGAGGGAUGUGGCUGAUUACAAUGUCCAGUUCCCUAUUCUGGUUGGAGAAUUCAUCCGUACUACUGUCCAUGGCCGAUUUGAUUAA